GCUCGGGCUGCCUUUGCUCACUCGGAGAGAGCCUUCAAGAAAAAGUUACAUUCUUUGCUCAAAAACUCAUCUUAAUCACUUUUAAGGGCAGAUUAAAAAAUCGUGUUUAAAAGAGGACAUUUGCUGAAGGGGCAUUGGCGUUUUCAUCGGAAAUAAUCCUCAAAGUUAGAACAAACCUCGAACUCAAAUCUGGGAGAGAAAGUGGACUACUGGGAGACACCGAUGGAGCGAGAGUUUGGAUACAGAUGCGAACAGGCACGAUGCUAGCUGCUAACUAGCUCCUGAGUUUCCAGUUGGGACAAGAGGAAGGCUGCUCCUGCUUAAGUUAUAUGAUCCUUGCCUUCAAGAGUCCCGCCUCAGAGCAAAACACAGGCCACGCCCCCUAGCAACAUACAAGCCACACCCCCUCCACAACCAGCGCUGGAUACUUGGGACAUGUUGAACCUCUUUGCCUAAAGUUGAAGAUGAUGGAGGGAACAGCAGAGAUGAGCGACAGUGAUUCUGGGAUCAUCCUUCACUCAGGGUCUGACAGUCCGACGUCUCACUCCAAAGAUGUAACAACUCACACUCGGGCCAUGAAGCUGAAGCACCAGGCUCUACAGGAGCGACUGGAGCUGUGUCUGCUGGAGCUCAAGACGCUCUGCAUCAGGGAGGCUGAGUUGACAGGGAAGGCUGUCUGAAGAUUACCCUCUGAAGCCUGGAGAGAAGCCUCCUCAGAUUCGCAGACGAGUGGGAGCUGCGUUCAAACUGGACGAGCUCAGCCUCCCUCAGAAAAAUGGGGAUUCAGACUUGAGCUCGGUGGAUGCAGAGCUGGCUUUGCAGAUGAAGAUAUACGAAGCAGCGCGGCGUCUCUGCGAUGAAGAGGGCCUGAGUAAAGCUGUGAAGAAGAGCAGAAUUCAGCAGUGCAAACGAGAGGAGCAGAAACUCAAACAGCUCCAAGAAAAGGCCUUUAAACUGAGACUGGAGCGAGGACGGACGUCACCUCUGCCCGCAUUCAACAUCACUCAUCCAGAUCAAGGAACUUCUGAUGACAGCUCUUUGUCUGAUUCUGUGGUACAAGAUGAAGAAGUCGCCAGCCACUCUUCACGGCUCUUCCCCUCUGAGCCAGAUGCCCUCCAACCACUGCCUCGAUCCUCUCCAUCCACUCCCUGCUCCUCACUGAACAGCACCCCCUAUAAGGCCCCUGUGUCUCUACAGCUGACCCCGCGUCAGUCUCCACGCCCCAGUUUGGACUCCACUCUCAGUUUAAAUUCCAGUCUGGCUCUGGACGACCCCCCUCCCAUCGAACACUCACCCUGGUCAGAGUCUAACCUGGAUCAGCCCCUCGAUCCCAAGAAGAAGUCACGUUCUUCCAGCAAGAAAAGUACCCCUGUGAAGGAGGUGUUGCCCCCCCUAGAGGAGUGUCUGGCUCAGUGCACUCUGAACUCGCAGCUGCCCCACCUCAAACUGACACGCUCCCAGUCCAACAGCACCCCCUCCACCCCAGAAAUGAGGGUUCACCGACAACUCUCACUCAGGUUAUCUGGCCCUGAAUCUCACUACAACCAUGAGAAAGAGCGCGGGCGAACCAGGAGUACUCGUAGACGUCUCACCGAAUAUUCAAUCACUUAUAACGAACCUGCUCCUGUUCCGGCUCCGUCUCCUGCUUCACUGAAAACCUCCCAGAGCUACAGUAACCAUGCGGGCUCUGAGGACAGCAACUCUGAACACUCCUACUCCUCCUAUAACAGCUCGCCUUGUCAUGAAUCUCCUAGCGAUUUACCCAAACAGUAUCACUCUGUCUAUUCCAACGGAAGCUACCAACCUCAAAUCUUCCCCCACAUUAGCUACCAUCACAAUACAAAACCACAGUCUUCCCCCAAAGUGUAUUAUGAAGAGAUGGUCUAUCCAGCAGAAAUGGACAUGGGGAGAAGUUAUUACGCCCAAGCCCCACAUUCAAACAGAUAUGAAUAUUUGUACAAAGAGGCACCCGUACAGCAAUACCAAAGAGUACAGAGGACUCCAGAGAUUAGACUGGUCCCGCCGCAGCCGCAUUGGGAGCAACAUCAUAGUCCGAAUUACAGGGCGGGAGUUUUGCCCAAGCAAGUGGUGAACGAGCAGCUAAAGUCAUGGCACAGACGUAGCAGUCAGCUUAAAUCGCCCAGGUCUCGCUCGCUCGACAGACAGGGGGCAGUACGGUUCAAAAACACGCAGUCACCGAUGGCAAGAGAGGCGACUGUGUACCAAACACCCAAGUAUCAAGAACAGGUAAUUCAAAGAAGACCUCAGCUAACUUUAGACGACACUUCUGGACACUGGAUGGUAGACGAUGGCACUCACUACAUCAGCCAAGUUUAACAUUGAGAAAACUCUUUAAAAAAAACUCCUUUUGUUACACUUUUAAACACUUGGACUUGGACUGCCUCAUCCUCCUGUGUUUGGGGACAUUUUGAACUUUAAAAUUUCAAAUUCAACAACACUACCACUGCUGAUGUUUACCAAAGGUUCGGUUGACCACAAUGUUGCUGUUUUUGUCCAUAUAUUUUGUCUAAAUCAUAAAAUCAAAAUAUAAUUAUGUUUAUUAAAGAAACAGGGUAAUUAUGUGUAGAACAAUCAAUUUGACAUGUUUUUGAAUACAUGCAAAUCACUGGGGGAAUAGGGUUGGGAAGCACAGGGUACCUCAUGAUUAGAUAUGGUAUGUGAUACGUGUCUGGAGAUACAGCUAAUACAAUAUUUGAGAAUCUAUACAUCAUUGCAGCAUUGCUAAGUAAACUAUUUCAAUAUAUGAUUUUGUUAGAGCCCUCAUGUGAAAGUUGAACAUUUUUAAGGUAAAAGUUGCACUAAAUAACUGUUGUGGUGCUUGUUUUCAAGAAUUUCCCAUAGUAUAGCAUUAAACCUAUCUAGCUUCAGUCUGUUCAGAUAUAUAUGACAUAUAAUGGGAAUGAGAUGGAGAUUCAUGGAGAUAGCUUUAAUGCUGUAGUGUGGAGCAUUCUGGGCAAAGCAACAGCAUAUUCACAGAUAUGCAGGUGAUAGACGCGUCACUCGAAAAGUUACAUAAUGUGCCUUUAAUAUUUGUUUACAUUCAUGAAUCCGUACAAACCAUCUUACAGGAUACAAUUUUACAACUGCUAACAUCUGUUACAAGAUCUUACAUUUGAAACAGAAAGUGCAAAUUAACUAAGGUGCCACAGAAUUGACUGUUUCAACUUGACAAAAGCUUACAAUGCCUUUUGUCACUACAUUUUCUGAUUAUGUUUGUUGUAUGAAGGACAUAAUGUGUAAAAUAUUGUAAUCAUCUUUGGUACAUUUUAGAUGACUCUGAACCACUAGAAACUUAGCUGCUUGAAUCUCAUAUUAUGUACUAAACUGAAUUAACUUGAAACAUGUAUUGGUCUAAUCAUUUAUUUCAGAUAGAGAUAACUUACCAAAUUAACCUAAAAUUAGCAAAAAAGCAAUGUUAAAAUGCUUGGCAGCUAAUACAAGUGUUAUAACUAAACUGUCAUUGAAAAGUAAAAUAAAAUAAAAUUGUUGUGUGCACUGAUGCAUUAACACUAGACAACCACUAAUAUGUUUUGGGCCAAAAUACUAUGAUUUUCCUGUGAUAAAAAAGUAUAAAUUGUUUUGUAGUCACUGCCAUUAUUUUUGGUCAUGUAUUACGUUUGAUGGUACCUCCUUAUAAUGAGAUAUAGCCACUACUUCUUGUGCCUAUUUAUUGUGGAAAACUGUGGAAGCCAAGGAUGAAUUAAAACAAAAACAAAAAAAAUGAAAAAUUGUUCCACAAUCCUGUCACCAUCUGUGCAUUUUUACUGUCUGUAUUUUUGUAUUUAUCAUUUUGGUAGUUCUAUUUGUUUACUCACGUUUAAGGUGACUCCUGUGGAAGUAAAUAAAAUAUAUGUUUGCA